AAUAAAUUGAAUAAUGUUUACAAAUGUUUAAAAAACUAAUUUUUAAGAGGCCAUAAUAAUGCUAGUCUAAAUAUAACUUAAUUAUACUUAAAACUCUAGUCAUUAGCUAACAUUUUGUUGCUAUUAGCUAAACGAUCAUGUUGUUGAAAAUUUUUUUUUGUAUUACAUUUUAUUUAGUCAAUAUUUCAACAAUAAAUGCUUCACGCGUACUUGAAUUGAGUGAUAAAUUCUCUGAAGUUCGUCGUGAUGGAGGUUUGUGGUUUAUUAUGUUUUACGCGCCAUGGUGUGGUCAUUGUAAACGGUUAGAACCAAUUUGGGCUCAAGUAGCACAAUCUUUGUACAAAAGUAAUGUAAGAGUUGGUCGCGUAGAUUGUACACGAUUUCAAAAUCUUGCUAUGGAAUUCGGUAUUCAAGGAUAUCCUACUAUUAAAUUCAUUCGUGGUGAAGUUGAUGUUACAUAUAAUGGGGACCGUACUCGAGAAGAACUAGUUAAUUUUGCAUUACGCAUGUCCGGUCCUCCUGUUCAGGAAAUAAAAACGGAGACUAACAUGGACUUGUUAAAAAAUAGUAAUUCAAUAUUUUUUAUGUACGUUGGGAAGCAAUCUGGACCACUGUGGGCAACAUAUAAUUCUGUAGCUGAACAAUUUCAACCUCAUGGGUUCUUUUAUAGUGUUUCCGAUGAUAUUGCUGCCAAAUAUUUUGAUUUAGAUGAUUUGCCAUCAGUUUUCGUGCAUAAAGAGAGCUCUCAUUAUUUUUUUAAUGUUGUUGAUGCCGAUCAAAGUGAAUUGGAAGAAGCAGAAAGUCUUAAUAUUACAUUACAUAAAUGGAUUAACCAAGAACGUUUUGCAACAUUUCCAAAAAUUACACGCUAUAAUAUGCAUGAAUUUUUACGUACCGAAAAAUAUUUAGUACUAGUUGUUGUUGAAGAAAAUCAAAUCAACGAAAUACCACCGGAAAUGGCUGAAUUUAAAGAUAUGGUUGAAUCUGUUAUACGUAAAAAACGUGAUCAAUUUCAUAAAUAUUUUCAAUUUGGUUGGAUUGGCUCACCAGAUCUAGCUAAUUCUAUCGCUAUGAUGGCAGUACCAUUACCAUUUCUAAUUGUUUUAAAUUCAUCAACGUAUCAUCAUCAUAUACCUGAAGAUGAUCCUAGUCAAAUGACUCCUGAUUCCAUACAUAUGUUUUUGGAAUCAAUUUAUAAUCAAUCGGCUCCUAUCUAUGGUGGUAAUUCAUUUCCUGUCAGACUCUACAGAUCAUACUUUGAAGCUAGGGCAAAAUUGGCUGAAAUGUGGUAUGGCAAUCCAGUAUUAAUGGUUGUAUUAUUUGGAUUACCACUUGGAUUCUUAUCAUUAAUUUUAUAUUCUACUUGUUGUUCUGAUAUAUUAGAUGCUGAGGAAGAAGAUUAUGAUGAUCACGAGAAGAAAGAGUAAAACAAUUUUAGUGGUAAGAAAACUUUAUAAAUGGCUUUUUUUAGUGA